AGAGAGAGGUUGCCAUUAAAAUCUAGACCAAUCUAUAGCUUAGCUUAGAGUUCCAUUGACUUCCUUCUUUUAAUAAUAAUAUAAUUUUUUUUCACUGCACUGCACUCAUCACAUUUCUUCUCCCUUUCUUCUAUACAUAAGUCAGAUUCCUUUGUAUUGAGAAAAGGAAACUCCCAAGCCAAUGUAGAAGGAAGAAUUCUGGUGAAGCAGGUGAGUUUCUUGAUCUUUAUCUUGAUUUAUAAACUCUUAUUUUGGUUGUAUCCUCUUACUUUGCAUACAGGUAUCCAAGUCAUUUUUGUACUUUUUAGAUGUUAUUUUUCCCUCUAUAUUGUCUCUAUUCUGUUUGUUGCCACCCACCUUUUUGUUUGACAGGAAUACAUUUGGAUUUGAUUGGUGAGGAUUGGGUGUUUUUUUUUUUAAUGGCAGAUAUGUUUAAGAACCAGCUUCAAGAACUUGCGCAAAGAAGCUGUUUCAACCUCCCUUCUUAUACUUGCAUUAGAGAAGGACCUGAUCAUGCACCAAGAUUCAAAGCUUCUGUGAACUUCAAUGGUGAGAUCUUUGAAAGCCCAAGUUACUGCACCACAUUGAGACAGGCAGAGCAUGCAGCUGCUGAAGUAGCCUUCAAUGUUCUUUCUUCCAGGGGUCCUUCAAGGUCUUUAACUGCAAGGGUUCUUGAUGAGACUGGAAUUUACAAAAACCUUCUUCAAGAAACUGCACAUAGAGCUGGGCUUAACCUCCCUGUAUAUACUACUGUAAGGUCAGGUCCUGGUCAUGUCCCAACUUUUACUUGUACUGUGGAGCUUGCUGGCAUGAAAUUCACAGGAGAGUCAGCAAAAACAAAGAAACAAGCAGAGAAGAAUGCUGCAAUAGCAGCUUGGUCUACUUUGAAAAGAAUGCCUAACCUGGAAUUCUUGGCAAACAAAGAAUUAGAGAGUCGUGAGGAACAAGAUCAAGCAGUUCUGGCAAGGGUCCUCUCAAACUUUAGAUCCAAAGAUGAAUACAAACAAAGGAAGAGGGAUCAUGGCCAAGCAAGAAGAAGAAUGGUGAGGGGUUGCAGAGACAUUAAUAACUCUGCAUCAUCUUCCUCCUCCACCACCAAUAACUCUCUGCAGCUUCAACAUUGGAAGCUCUUGGAUCUGUUAUUGGAUUCUGCAUUAGACAGUUCAAUAGAAAAGCAAAGAUCCUUUGUGUCUCUCCUUCCUCCACCCCCACCUAGAACAACUUCAAAGAUUUUGCCACCAACCUCACCCGGAGAUGAUCCAGCUCUCUACCAAUCAAUCAGAGGCAUCCAUCAAACACAAGUUAAGGGCAAACAAGAAGUGAAAAUGCAAGAGAUUCCAGUUCCAGUGGAAGAGCAUCAAAAGGAUGAGGAAGAAUGGCUGGGUGCUAUCAAAAAACCCAUUGAAAAGGACAGUACAGGUUUUAUGUACAGGCCAUUUCCACGGUCCAAUCCUGGUAAACUUGGCGCAACCCAGCAGGAAUCAAGCCACAUUAGUACUAAAAGAAUGUUUGGGUCUCCAAUUGCAUCAACAUCCUCAAGAAUCCACAUAGCUAAUCCUCUCUACACAGGAGUGUCUCACGCUCACAGGAUUGCCCCGGCAGUUCAUAUUAGGUCAGUGAUUCCAGUUUGUGCAGCACCACCACCAGUAGUCAGACCUCAGUCAGCAUCAGUUUUUAGUACUGGUUCAUCACCAUCUACUAGUUCAAAGUCCAAGCAGACAGGAGGAGCACCAGCAGCAGAGCUAGCAGUGGUCAACAAGACACAGUCACAACCAACUCAACUCAGUUCUGCGUUUAACAAGAAGCUACAGUUAUGAAAGAAAAAGAAAAUUGAGACAAAUCUUAUUAUUUCUAGCCAGUUUUCACUUGAUGGGUUCUCACCUAAUUAGUGCUUUUCAUUUUUGGCCUCUCAAGAAAAAAAUCAUGGUUUUGUCUCA